AAUAUGAGUAUCUUUAUGUAAUUUAUAUCUGAAUUUGGUGCAGAUGUUUCCUGUUGCAGCUACUUGUGGUAACACCUACGUUCUUAAGCCUUCAGAGAAGGACCCAGGGGCUUCCAUGAUGUUGGCAGAGUUGGCAAUGGAAGCUGGUUUGCCUGAUGGUGUUCUAAAUAUUGUUCAUGGAACUCAUGACAUUGUGAAUGCUAUAUGUGAUGAUGACGAUAUCAGAGCCGUAUCAUUUGUUGGCUCAAAUCAAGCUGGUAUGCAUAUAUAUGCUAGAGCUUCAGCUAAAGGAAAACGUGUUCAGUCCAAUAUGGGAGCCAAAAAUCAUGGCGUCGUCAUGCCUGAUGCAAACAUAGAUUCCACGAUAAAUGCUCUAGUGGCAGCUGGUUUUGGUGCAGCAGGACAAAGAUGCAUGGCAUUAAGCACAGUGGUCUUUGUUGGGGACUCAAAACCUUGGGAAGAAAAGCUGUUGGAACGUGCAAAAGCCCUAAAGGUCAGUGGUGGAACAGAACCUGAUGCAGACUUAGGUCCAGUAAUUAGCAAGCAGGCUAAAGAACGAGUAUGCCGAUUGGUUCAAAGUGGCGUUGAUAGUGGAGCCAGAUUAUUACUUGAUGGAAGAGAUAUUGUGGUCCCAGGAUAUGAAAAAGGCAAUUUUGUUGGUCCCACAAUCUUGUCUGAUGUCACUCCUGAUAUGGAAUGUUACAAGGAGGAGAUCUUUGGCCCAGUUCUUAUUUGCAUGCAGGCCAACAGCUUAGACGAGGCCAUUAACAUUGUUAACAAGAAUAAGUGGGGUAAUGGUGCUGCUAUCUUUACUACUUCUGGUGUAGCAGCAAGGAAGUUCCAAACAGAGAUUGAGGCAGGCCAGGUUGGGAUCAAUGUUCCUAUUCCAGUUCCACUACCAUUCUUCUCUUUUACCGGAUCUAAGGCUUCUUUCGCUGGUGACCUCAAUUUCUAUGGCAAGGCUGGAGUUCAGUUUUACACACAGAUCAAGACUAUAACACAGCAAUGGAAGGAUUUGCCAGGUGGCUCUGGUGUCUCUCUAGCAAUGCCAACUUCUCAGAAGUAAUAAAAAAUGUAUUGAUGAACUUCAGAAUACCCUUUCUAGAAUGCAAUAAAAAAACCUUUUUCAGAAA